AUGGCCGUUGGCUCCCAAGCCGUACGAAAAUAUCGUACAUUCCAGGCUCACGAGUCAGCGAUUCUGGUCCGUGACUUGCUUCUAGAGCCGCAUGAUUUUGAGCUCUCUAUCGAGCGAUAUUCUGUGUCCGUUACCUCCAUCGUAGGCUGGGGUCGGCGUGUUGAUCGCAAGAACGACUACGUUGCCCAACAAGCCCUUAAACUGAUGGAAGCCGUUAAUUUUGUCGUCCCUGGUAUCUAUCUCAUGGAAGCCGUUCCAGGUUUGAUACGAUUGCCUGCUUGGCUAUACGCGUUGCCAAGCCAGAUGCAAUUAGGUGCCAGUAUACUGUCGCGCUACUUCUACCUACUCACACAGGAAAGUGCGGAAGCGGCCGAAGAUAACUUCGGGAAACACGUCAUGGCUUCUCAGCAAGCUAGCCACAUGACAGAUAUCGAGGUUGCAGGCCUGAUGGCUAAUCUGAUUGGGGGUGGAGUAGACACGACCAGCAGCACCAUGAUAUCGUGCAUUCUCGCAAUGGCAUACUUUCCUGAAGUACAAGAAAAAGUCCACGCUGAGUUUGAUGCAGUCGUUGGAAAUGAUCGCUCUCCGAACUGGGAUGACAUCGACUCGAAUGCGCUGCCAUACUUGACUGCAGUCGUCAAAGAAACGCUUAGAUGGAGGACUGUGACUGUACUAGCAGGCAUUCCUCAUGCUAAUACCGUAGGUUUCGAUUACAAGGGCUACCACUUCCCAGCUGGUACCAACUUUACGGGCAACAUGUGGGCCAUCCAUAGACAUCCGCGCGACUUUCCAGAUCCGGACAGAUUUAUACCCGAGAGAUUUUUUGAUGGCAAAGAUAGCGCGAAACAACCUUACCCGAACAAGUAUGGCAUGAAUCCUUUCGGUUGGGGACGUAGGCAGUGCAGCGGUCAGCCGCUUGCCGAACAAGGUCUUUUUUACUCUCUCGCGCGAAUGAUAUGGGCUUUUAAUAUUUUGCCGGGCCUUGACCAGAAUCAAAAUGAAGUCAAGUUGGACAUAUUUGCCUACACCAACAGCGAGAAUAUGCGGCCGGAGCCUUUCCAGGUGCAAUUCAUCCCACGCUCAGACGCGAUCAAGAAGUUGCUCUUAGACGAGGCUGCAGAAGCACGUGAGGCGUUGAGGACCUACGAUGGAGAAACUCGAGUAACAAUGGAGAACGCUGUGAACAACCCUGCAAAGCUUUGA